AUGGUUCAACGAGUAUUAGCUGCACAAACUAUUUCACAUGCUCGUGGUGGAACUUUAUUAGCUGGUUAUUUAAAAAUUUUGCCAUUAUUUAUGAUAAUUAUACCUGGUAUGAUAAGUCGAACAUUAUAUCCCAAUACAGUUGCAUGUAAUCAACCAUCGGUCUGUGAAUCAAUAUGUCAUAGCAAACGAAGUUGUACUAAUAUAGCUUAUCCCACGUUAAUAUUAAAAAUUUUACCAAAUGGUUUUAAGGGUGUUAUGCUUGCUGUUAUGCUUGCUGCAUUAAUAUCAGGUUUAACAUCAAUAUUCAAUUCAGCAAGUACAAUAUUUACUGUUGAUAUUUAUCCCAAUCUAUUAUUUUAUCGUCGAAAAAAAAUCAAAAAUCGAGAGUCAAUGAUUGUUGGUCGUCUAUUUGUUAUUGUUAUGACAUUAUUUGGUAUUGCUUGGAUACCAAUUGUUAUACAAAUGCAAGGUUCAGAAUUAUAUAUUUACAUGCAACAAGUUAUAGGAUUUUUAGCACCACCAAUAGCAUGUAUUUAUUUAUUAUCAGUUUUAUGGACGCGUGCAAAUGAACGUGGUGCAUUUGCUGGAUUAAUGAUAGGUUUUAUAUUUGGUUUAUUAAGAAUGAUACUUGAAUUUUCUCAACAACCACCAUUAUGUGGAGAAAAAGAUACAAGAUUUUGGUUAAUUAGAAAAGUUCAUUUUAUGUAUUAUGCUUUAUUUUUAUUUUGGUUAACUUUUCUCACUUGUGUUAUCGUAUCAUUAUGUACAGAACCACCGACAAAACAACAAUUAUAUCGAACAACAUUUUGGACAAGAAAUCAAAAAUCAGAUACGGAAUUAAUCAAAAUGAAACAACAAAUUAAUAGUGGAGCUUCAUUUGUUAGGUAA